AUGAAGCUAACUAGCGACAACUCGACAGUGGCAUAUUUCACAAUACCGGCUCUCCGGGAAUACAAUCCGAAAUCAGUCUUUCACAUUAAGACUAUCUGUCGAGUGGUUAAUGCUGUACUUUUGGCGUGCACUAUGUACAUUAUAAUCAGCUUGAUAAUAUAUGGUAUAAAAAAUCAUAGAUGGAAGAAAUCAACAGGGAUAUCCAACGUAAAUGGUGGAGUCAUUUACACCGCAUGCAUUGUAGCUGUUAUUCUAUUUCUUCCCAGACUUGUAGCAGACGCCGUGCUUAUAAACAUUUCGCUCAUACCUGGAGGUUUACAAAUGUGCGAAGUGGUAUUUGACAUCACUAACGGUGCAUACACCUUAGCAGCAUUUGCGAUCUAUUCUUUUUUAUGGUUUCGACAACUACUUAUUUAUGCACAGCCGACGGUACGACAAAUGACAGGAAAAUACGCCAAUCCUCUUGGGUGGUUUGCAAUGUCUCUUCUGAUCAUCAUGAGCCUUGGACUAACUGUUAUGUUUACUCUCCCUACAUCAUUUGAAUCACUCCCUUACGGUUGUGUCAUCAAUUUACGUGCCAACCUGACAGAUUUGGAAUAUUUUUUCAAAGGAUCCGGUCCAUAUUUGAUGGUAGGACUCCAAAUAUUGGCACAACUGAUACUAUUGGGCUUGUUCAUUUAUCCGUUGGCGCUCAGCAAUUCUGCAGUCCACGAAAACAAUAAUAUAUCACGAGGGAACGAUCCAUCAGAAACCGGAAUCAAAUUUUACAAAAUAAAACGCCUCUUUUCCGCAAUUUGGCGAAUGAUAAAGGGCGACCCCGAUGCAAAUAUAGUGUCACGAACUAUACAUCGAUCUAUGGUGUGCUGCUCUAUUACAAUUUCAUCCGAUAUUUUCACGAUGGCAAUUGUAUUAAGUAUCCCAGAGGAAAAUCUUGACAUUCCACGAGUGUUGCCGACUACCCUUUAUGAUAUUAGUAUCAUGAUAAACGUGUUCUGUAUUGUGGCAACAUUUCAAAAUACCAGAGGAAUUUUAAAAACACUGUUCUCAGGCUGUGCUCAAAAUAUAGAAAGAACGCAGGAACCUCAAAUCUCAGAGACAACAAUCCUAUGA